AUCCCAUUCUUGUCCUGCAGGCAGCAUUCCGGGUGGAGAGAGUGAGGGAAAGAGAAAGACACAGCGGAGGUUUUGAGGCCGUAGACUGUUUAUUUACGACAAGAAAAACGAGCUGUAUGUCCAAACCCGCCGCGACGCUUGAGCAGGAUAUGGGCUCUCCAGGGCAGAUCCCGGGACAAGACAUGGAUCUCUAAGCUAGUCCUCUCCAUCCGUUUCCAUUUGCUGCCGUGCCUGCUGCUCUCCUAAACCGCCUCCUCUACCCCUGCUGUAGCGGUUUGGCUCAGGCUCCUCUAAGAAAAGAAGAGGAAAAAAAAAACCCAAGUGGGAGGGUGUAGUAAACUUUCCCCAGCUGCUGUCCAGACACACACAUGCUGCAUUGCUGCCAUUCCCCAAGCCCUGCUCCAUCCAUCCCUAGGGCACGGCCACUAGCUUGCUAGCGUGCUAGCACUUGGCACAAAACGAAGGCCUGUCCUCGGGUAUUAAAAAAAAACAACAAGCAGACUGUGUACACUUGCCUCUUUCUAUUUUCUCCCUUUUCCGGGUCAACCAGCCACAUACCCAGCAAGUGGGGCUCCUUUUGUCUAGCUGUCAUUCCUGCUGCUCUGAGCAGUAGAGGAUUGCUAGUAGCCAGUGAGUCAGUCAUUCAGCGAGGCAGACUGAGGAAGCCAGGGGGGCGUGUUUAUCAGAGGCCAGGAUGAUGGAGCCCAGCAUGGAGAAUUGCCUGGCCCAGGUCCUGCAGAAGGACAUGGGCCGACGGCUGCAGGUUGGACAAGAGAUCAUCGAUUUCAUCUUGGACAAGGAGAAGUCUCAUGACCUGGAGCAGGAUCAGACGGCACUGGACAAGAUGGUUGACGGCAUCGCCAGCUCUUGGGUCAACUGCAGCAACUUUAAGGUGGCUCUGCUCGGCUUGGACCUCUUAUCUGCCUUAGUGACAAGGUUACAGGAGCGAUUCAGGGCCCAGGUGGGAACAGUUCUGCCCAGCCUUAUCGAUCGUUUGGGAGAUGCCAAAGACCAAGUGCGAGACCAGGACCAAACAGUGCUGCUAAAGAUCAUGGAGCAAGCUGCCACCCCGCAGUACGUCUGGGACAGGAUGCUGGGAGGCUUCAAGCACAAGAACAACAGGACCAGAGAAGGAGUGUGCCUUUGCCUCAUCGCCACACUGAACACAUAUGGAGCUCAAGGCCUGACCUUGAGUAAAAUUGUUCCCCACAUAUGUAACCUCCUGGGGGACCCCACAAGUCAGGUUCGUGACGGAGCAAUGAGCUCCUUGGUGGAGAUCUACAGACAUGUGGGUGAGAGGGUGAGGAUGGAUCUCAGCAAAAAAGGCCUGCCACAGUCACGGUUGAAUGUAAUUUUCAGCAAAUUCGAUGAAGUCCAAAGAUCCGGGAACAUGAUCUCAUCCUCCGGCUCAGAUAAGAACUUUGAGGAUGAGGACUCGGUGGAUGGAGGCCGGUCCUCCUCCUCAUCGUCCUCAAAAGCUCCCCCCAGUGGACGGAGGACGGUAAUGAGCUCUGUCAGAAGACCCAGCUCAGCCACCACAACAAAGAUCACAGGAAAAGAAGCAGCAGCCGGUGCUGUCGAUGAAGAGGAUUUCAUCAAAGCCUUUGAAGACGUGCCCUCGGCCCAGAUCUACUCUAACAGAGAGCUGGAGGACCAGCUGUCCAAGAUCAGAGAAGUUCUGUCUGAUGAAAAACAUGACUGGGAGCACAGAGUGGUGGCGCUGAAGAAGGUGCGUUCACUCUUGCUGGCCGGCGCCACAGAGUACGAGGGUUUCCCUCAGCAGCUGCGUCUCCUGGAAGCUUCCCUCAAGCUGUCAGCUAAAGACCUGCGCUCCCAGGUGGUCCGCGAGGCCUGCAUCACACUGGGACAUUUGUCAUCGAUCCUGGGAAACAAGUUUGACCAUGGAGCGGAGACCAUCAUGCCCACACUGCUGAACCUUGUGCCCAACAGUGCCAAAGUCAUGGCCACAUCCGGGGUGGCCACCAUCCGCCUCAUCCUCAGGCACACACACUACCCCCGUCUCAUCCCCAUCAUUACCAGUAACUGCACCUCCAAAUCAGUAGCAGUAAGACGGCGCUGUUACGAGUUCCUAGAUCUCAUGUUACAAGAGUGGCACACCAAUACACUGGAAAGACAUGUGGCUGUUCUGACCGAGACCAUCAAGAAAGGAAUACAUGAUGCGGACUCUGAGGCCAGAUCCAUCGCUAGGAAGUGCUAUUGGGGUUUCCAUGGUCACUACAGCCGGGAGGCAGAGCAUCUGUUUCAGGCACUAGAGUCCACCUAUCAGAAGGCCCUGCAGUCUCACCUGAAGAGCUCUGACAGCAUUGUGUCUCUACCCCAGUCGGACCGUUCUUCAUCGUCUUCCCAAGAGAGUCUUAACCGGCCAUUGUCUGUGAAGAGUGUCAUUGGAGGGAGCAUGACAAGGAGUAAGCUGGUGAGCACCAGGAUGCCUACCACACCGGGUUCCCUCCAGCGCUCCCGUAGCGACAUUGAUGUAAAUGCCGCCUCCAACGCCAAGUCACGUCUGUCGACCGUCCCUGCAUCCUCACCGUUCAGCUCUGCAGCUGCCCUCCCUCCAGGGUCCUACGCCUCAUUAGAUGGCGCUUCCGGUAAAAGUGAUGGUCGCGUUCGUACCAGGAGACAGAGCUCCGGCAGCGUGGGUGGAGCCAGCACCUCCAUGGUGGACAGCAGGGGGCGGAGCCGAGCCAAAGUGGUCUCCCAGUCCCAGCGAUCCAGAUCAGCCAAUCCCAUCAGUGCCGGCAGUCGCUCCAGCUCUCCAGGCAAGCUGCUCGGCCACAGCAGCUACGGCCGGAUCCCUCGAGCCACGGCGUCAGCUUCCACCACGCCAGCUGACAAGCGCAGCAGGAUCCCCCGCAGCCAGGGCUGCAGCCGGGAGACGAGUCCCAGCCGCAUGGGUCUCGCCCGGAGCCGCAUUCCCCGCCCCAGCAUGAGUCAAGGUUGCAGUCGUGACACCAGUCGCGAGAGCAGCCGCGACACCAGCCCCGCUCGGGGCUUCGCUCCUCUGGCCUCCCGACGUCACUCCCGUUCAACCAGCGCUCUCUCCACAGCCGACCCCCACGGCCAGUCAGACCGAUACGGUUUGAUUCAUCAAGCGAGAAUCUCAGCAUCAGUCAACGCCAUGAGGGUCCUUAACACUGGCACCGAGGUGGAGGCAGCAGUUGCUGAUGCUCUGCUGUUAGGAGACUCCAGGAAUAAGAGGAAGCCACUGAGGCGGAGGUACGAAUCGCCAGGGAUGUAUUCUGACGACGACGCCAACAGCGAUGCGUCCAGCGCCUGCUCGGAGCGCUCGUACGGUUCAAGAAACGGAGGUAUUCCCCAUUACCUGCGUCAGACGGAGGAUGUGGCGGAGGUCCUCAACCACUGCGCCAGCUCCAACUGGUCAGAGAGGAAGGAGGGGCUGCUGGGUCUGCAGAACCUCCUCAAGAGCCAAAGAAUACUGAGCCGAGUGGAGCUGAAGAGACUUUGUGAGAUUUUCACGAGGAUGUUUGCAGAUCCACAUAGCAAGGUGUUCAGCAUGUUCCUGGAGACUCUUGUGGACUUCAUCACAGUGCACAGGGAGGACCUGCAGGACUGGCUCUUUGUCCUGCUCACUCAGCUGCUGAAGAAAAUGGGGGCAGACCUGCUCGGCUCCGUCCAGGCCAAAGUCCAGAAGGCCCUGGAUAUCACAAGGGAGUCGUUCCCGUUUGACCAGCAGUUCAACAUCCUGAUGAGGUUCAUCGUCGAUCAGACUCAGACACCGAACCUCAAGGUAAAAGUGGCCAUUUUGAAAUACAUCGAGUCCCUGGCUCGACAGAUGGACCCGACGGACUUUGUGAACUCCAGCGAGACGCGUCUGGCUGUGUCGCGCAUCAUCACCUGGACCACAGAGCCCAAAAGCUCCGAUGUCAGGAAGGCAGCCCAGGUGGUGCUGAUCGCCUUGUUUGAGCUCAACACCCCAGAGUUCACCAUGCUGCUCGGAGCACUGCCCAAAACCUUCCAGGACGGAGCCACCAAACUGCUACACAACCACCUGAAGAACUCCAGCAAUACCAGCAGCAGUGUGGGGUCUCCAAGCAACACCAUUGGACGGACUCCGUCGCGCCACACCCCUAGCAGAACCAGCCCCCUCACUUCCCCAACAAACUGUUCUCACGGAGGACUCUCUCCCAGCAUGAUGGAGUACGACACAGAGAACAUGAACUCUGAGGAGAUCUACAGCUCACUGCGUGGCGUCACUGAGGCCAUCCAGAGUUUCAGCUACCGGAGCCAGGAGGACCUGAACGAGCCAAUCAGACGGGAGGGCAAGAGGGACGACGCAGCCGGGAGAGAAGGAGUAGCGUCGUCUCCUGGUUCUGAUGCUCGCCUGGGUUUGGACAUGGUGGAGGGAGGUCGCACUGCUUUGGAUAACAAAACCUCACUACUCAACACCCCAUCUCCACGCUCCUUCUCCGGACCCCGGAGUCGCGAGUUCGCCCCGUACGGCUACGGAGACACCAUCUGCUCCUAUGACAAGAGCGCCCUGAAGGAGGCGGUGUUUGACGACGAUGUGGAGCAGUUCCGCGACUGCCGACGUCAGGACAGUGGUGAAAACAAGAUGACGCUCCCCAAGGUGUUUGCUCCUGUCGGUCAGGACCACUCAGAUCUUGUAGCCGACCUGCUCAAGGAACUGUCCAAUCACAAUGAGCGCUCUGAGGAGCGUAAAGGCGCCCUGGUGGAGCUGCUGAAGAUCACACGAGAAGACAGCCUGGCCGUGUGGGACGAGCACUUUAAGACCAUCCUCCUCCUCCUGCUGGAGACACUGGGUGAUAAAGAUCACACCAUCCGAGCCCUGGCCCUGCGCGUGCUGAAGGAAAUUCUGAGGAACCAGCCAGCCCGCUUCAAAAACUACGCUGAGCUUACCAUCAUGAAGACGCUGGAGGCUCACAAAGAUUCUCACAAGGAGGUGGUGCGUGCGGCCGAGGAGGCAGCGUCCACCCUGGCCGGGUCCAUCCACCCGGAGCAGUGCAUCAAGGUGCUGUGCCCCAUCGUGCAGACAGCCGACUACCCCAUCAACCUGGCCGCCAUCAAGAUGCAAACCAAAGUCAUUGAACGCAUCGCCAAGGACUCGCUGCUGCAGCUGCUGCCUGACAUUAUCCCUGGACUCCUACAGGGCUAUGACAACACAGAGAGCAGCGUUCGCAAGGCCAGCGUGUUCUGUCUGGUGGCUAUCUACUCUGUGAUUGGCGAGGAUCUCAAACCCCACCUGGCACAACUCACAGGCAGCAAGAUGAAGUUACUGAACCUCUACAUCAAACGAGCCCAAACGACCAACAGCAAUAGCAGCAGCUCCUCAGACGUCUCCUCUCACAGUUAAUGGAAGGAGGUUUCGUUUGGAAACUGUGGACGGACGGACGGACGGCGUUCCAGGAUUUCCAGGGCAUAGCCGCACUUCUUUCAGACUCCUCCGUCUUUGAGCUUCCCCUCCUCCUCCUCCUCCUCCUCCUCUUCAUCAUAACUCCAGCUCCGCUGCGCUUCUCUCCUGUCUCGAGGGGACCCUGUAAACCUGUCUGUCAUUUACUCCCUCCUUCCUCCUCCCCACCCCGCCUCUCUAAACUUUUGAAUGUAACUGGAUUGGUUUUAGACGGGUGGGGAGGGAAUCAACGAGUUUAGAGUUUUUGGAUUUGGGAAAUGCACUUUUCUCUUAUUCUGUAGUUCCCACACCCUCCACACCACUUUUUUGUCAAUGGAGUCCUGUUUCUCCUUGAACCCUCAGAUUCGGUAGCAUAAGCAGUUCAUACAUAAUACCAUGAAUUAUUAUUAAUAUUAUUCACAUCAGAGUAGAGAAAAUUCUGUCAAAUCAGUUUUGGGAUGAUGUGUCAUUUGGCUGGCCCAAUGAUGGUGAUGAGCCUGUAGGUUUUGGGAUGAAUUCUGGUUCAGGAGCAUAAAAACCAAAUACUGUAAGAAAAAAAAAAGGAAACAUGCCAGGGAACAGUGUGACAUAAAAAAGAAAGUACCAUAGGAGCAUAUUUGGUUCAUGUAAAAGUUUAUGGAUCAGGGCUCACAGAAGCCUGAGCAACUUAAUAGAUGAAAUCCCCCUUUCACAAAAUUGAUGUUUUACUCAACAAGGUACCAAGAUGCUAAAAGAAAGAUUCAGCUACAGAACUGACAAUCCUUCAAAUGUUGUGCAUAUCUUUAUUUUGAGGUAAAGAAGAGGAAAUUGAAGUUGAAGUUAAAGGCUGAAUUUGUCGUGAAAUUCACAAUCAGCAAAGAGAAUAGAGGUUUAGCCCAGGAGACAUUUUCACACUGAACUUUUCUGCAUUAAGUGGGAAAACAGAGCUUUUUGUUUAACGCGCUUUUCACGUGCAGAAGACGCCUACAAGGCUGCCGCUCACUCGAAGUGUGCUGAGUGACUCGGUCUGAAGAGGAAGUCCUUCCUUUGUAAAUACUCCAGAUGUUUUUUCUCCGUGUGGAAUUGGGAGAGAGACCGGAGAUCCGAGACAGUCAGAUAGACAUUACCGGGCCUUAUUCACUUCACACACGCUGAUGUUUGUUGACUGGGACUUCGGAGAGUGAAUUGGGAUGUACAGCACUGUAACUCUGGGCUCUGAAAAAAAAAAAAAAUGUGAAUCCGCAAGAAAACGGACCCUGGUGGUUUUUUUUUUUUUUUUUUUUUUUGACGACAAAGCAAAUACAGUAUUAGUCGUUUCCUCUGAUCUCCUCCUUCAUGUAACCGCGGCUUUUGCAAUAACCGUAAAAAUCCACAAAUAAAGGUAUUUUGUACAUACACUUUUUGACCACUGCUUCGCAAAGAUUUUACACUAUGUCGAAAAAGAAAAAAGAGAAAAAGAAAAGUGAACGGGUUGACUCUCUGACUCUAACUUCUUUUGCACGUUAGCAAACUAGCUUGCAUGUAAUCUGCAGCACUUGUCAACUUGCUGUUUUGGAAGGACCCAGGGGUUGGUUUUUUUUUUUUUUUUUUUUUUUUCGGUUGUUAAAGUGCACUUGUAACAUCAUCAAAUUAUUCAUCUCUGAUCUAAUGUUUCAGAGGAGUCGGUCACUGACAUGCUCAUGUGUAAAAAGGUACAAAAUGGAGACGACAGCUGUUGAGCAGAACCAUGUGUGUGAUAGAAGCGCUCAGGCAGGGUUUAAAGAGACUGUACCUCUGAGCAGGACUGAAGUCUGAGGUAUCAGAGAGCUUUAAAAUGCUGGAUUCCUGCUGAUUGAUCCCUGAUUGGAGAGUUUUCCCAUUGAAUCAGAUUUUUACUACUGUAGGAAAAGAUCGGACUGUCAUUGCCUUUUUUUAAAUUCUGUUAUCUCGUUUGCUAAAUCCUAGAAAAUAAAUAAUAAUAAUAGUAAUAAUGAUGAUAAGGAAGUGUUAGUAUUCUAGUUUCACUUGGGGGCUCCCUGAGUCUGUGGAUGACCAACUUGGUGCUGAAUCCACUGAAUGGGCCAAUUCUGGUUAUUUAAGUAAAUGAAUGUACAGUGUUUGCAUAAUGUUUUAAUUUGCUUUUUUAUGUAUCGGUACUGAAAGUAACUUCAAUGACACGCCGCCCUGCACACUCUCUGCACUCUGCCUGACUGUCACCUAAAUCCCUUGGACAGUUUCAGACCAUUAAUCAGCUGGGUUUCGUUUUUAUCGGGGCAGAUCUGUCGUCGUCCUUCGGGGGAAAGUUCACCAGUCACCAAACCGCCACGGUCGCUCGCUAGCAUCUCGUAUCACAUUGCUGGUCCCAGAAACAAGACAAGAUGGGUAUUCCUUGCAAACUGUUCACUAUGCAUGUUCUGCAGUACACUGUCUUUCUUUUGUCUCAAUCGGUCAUGUAAUAUUCAUACCUGUAUUUAUAUAUUUUAUUUUAUCUUAUUUUAUUCUCUCAUGAUAAACUGUACAGAAGGUUUUUUUUUUUUGUUAAAAUCCACCUGUGAUAGAUUUGCAACAAUGUAAAGAAACUGUUUGCUCUAGAAAUAAACAGACUCAGAGCUAA